AUGGGAGUGUUAAGAGACCUUGAUAAGCUAUGCAUAAAUUUUCUUUGGAAUAAGGCAGAUAAAAGCUCGGGAAUUCAUUAUGUAGAAUGGAAAAUUCUUUACAAGCAAAUUAUGUUUGGAGGGCAAGGAGUGGUAUCUGCAGUAGAUAAAGUUGGCUCUUGGAGAGAAAAAUUUCCUUGGAGUUUAAUCUCUAACCCAGGUUCUCUGUUGAAUAGAAUUCUUAUUGCCAAGUAUGGUAGGAAUUUCUGUUUUUCUGAAUCUAAGUUGGGAUGUUCUCCUACUUGGAAAAUCUUAAAUAAUGGUGGUAAAUUCCUUCAACAAAUUGUCAAAUGGAAAGUUUCGGAUGGUAAAAGCAUCAAUACCACUAAGGAUAUUUGGAUCCUUGAUAAAUCUAUUGAUAGAUGGCCUACGUAUGUCUCCAAUCUUCUUGAUGAGCAAUGCUGUUUGAGAUAUUUCCUUCAUAAUGGAAGCUGGAACAUUCAAAUGCUAAAUCAAUCUUUUGGUAAGGAGUUAGUAGAUCUAAUAUCUACAGUCCCCAUCAAUGUAGGAAGCCCGGGAGAUGAGUUGGAAAUUCUUUACAAAUAUUCAGGGAAGUCUUUAGCUUCCUUAAUUUCCGAUCAAAGAAGCACCCUUGAAGAAGAAGAUGUCAGCUGGAAGUGGCUGAAGAAGUUGAAGUUGAGACCAAGAGUUAAAAUUUUAUGGUGGAGGUUAAUCCAUAAGGCUAUUCGUUCCAAUGAAUUCCUUAUGUAUAGAAGAAUCAUUAAUUUUAAUGGGUGCCCGAGAGGUUGCUGUGAAGUGGAGGAUGCCAAUCACUUAACUGUUAAUUGUUUCUUUCUUAAGAAAGUGAUCUGUGUUAUUCAAAAAUGGGGUUUUAAUAUCCAGGUUUUUUCUGAUUUGGAAUCCUGCUAUAAUUGA